AUGGUUGGACUCAGCAAGCAUCAAGAGCAGGGCGUGGAGUGGCUCUGGGAGAAAGUCCAGGCAAAAAAAGGCGCUAUUUUGGGCGAUGAAAUGGGAACGGGAAAGACUGCGCAGGUCCUUGCAGUGAUCGAAAGAGUCUGGUCGGAGAUCGGGCAGUCCGUCCUUGUCCUCGCUCCGUGCACACUCCUCGAGAACUGGAGGAGGGAGGCUGCGAAGUUCCACUGCAGAUUCCCCGUGAAGAUCCUGCGAUCCCCAGACGAGGAUUUGUCUCUUUCCAUCUGCAGGGCGGAGGGAGAGUACGUGAUUCUCACGAACUACGAGCUUUUCUACAGGAACAGAGAGGCUUUUCUCGGGCUUUUCUUUGACCUCGUCGUACUCGAUGAGGCACACCGCGUGAAGAAUGUGAAGACGAGAAUCACACGGGCUGCGAAGGAGGUGGAUGCUCGCUCGAAAAUAUGCAUAACUGGGACUCCAAUACAGAACAGCCUUGCAGAGCUCUGGAGUAUCGUCGAGAUAGUUCGCCCGGGAUACUUUGGAGACUUCUCUCGGUUCAAGGAGGAAGUCGCUCUCCCCCUGAAGAGGAGUACAUUAAAGUCUGCAUCCCCGCGAGAGAAGGCCCAGGGAGAAAUUGUCCGGCAGAGGAUAAACUCUCUCCUCGGGGAGACUGUUCUGAGGCGGACAAAGGCAGAUGUUGGGGUUGCAGUAGAGAAGGAGGAGCACGUCAUCUUCUGUCCCCUCACAGAGUCCCAGCAGAAAGCGUACGAGAGAGUUUUGGGGAGUGACGUAUACUCAGAGCGAGGAGCAAAGACUCUUCUCGGGAGGGGGAGUCCUUUGAAGGCAGUUGGACGCCUGCGGAGUAUUUGCAAUCACCCGGUAUACGCGGAGAAGGAGAUGACUCACUGGAGAGAGAGCGGGAAGAUGCAGGCAGUGCACAGGCUUCUUUUCCUGUGGAGAAAGUCCGGGAGAAAAAUCGUCCUUUUCAGCCAGUACAGGGAAGUCCUGCGAAUACUCGAGCGAAUGUGCAGGGAUAUCGGGGUUUUGGAGAGAGUCUACAGAAUAGACGGGAGCAGCCCAAUUUCCGAGAGGGAGCGAGUUCUGAAGGAGUUCGGGGGAAGUUCUGGGGUGGAGAUUUUUCUGGUGAGCAGCCGAGUCGGGGGAGAGGGCGUGAACUUGCAGCGUGCGGAUACGGUGAUCAUUUUCGACGUGGACUGGAACCCGUACAACGAGGAGCAGGCGAAGGGCCGUGUUGCUCGGAUGGGGCAGUUGGAGAAGGUGGAGGUUUUCCGGCUUAUGUGCAGGGGAACUGUUGAGGAGAGCGUUUUGGACGUGCAGGGAGUGAAAAAGGCCGUUGCUGCGGGAGUUCUUGACCGAGUUCCCGUGGGAAAACUCUUUGAGAAGGUGGAUCUGUGCAGGCUCUUCCACUACGAGCACGACCCAGAGGAUGUAAGCGAUAUCACGCAGUAUAGAUAG